GGAAGCUUUCGCCAGCCCUCGUCACGGGAGGCGGUCCGGGAGAAUGUCAGUGUCGUCGGUGGUCAUUCUGCUUACCAGCCUGCUGCUGCUGCUGCUGCUGUACGCAGUGGUGAAGGCAUACCGCAAGCGGCAGCAGUUACGCAAGAUAGCGGCCCACUUUGGGGGCGCAAAGCCGCACUGGCUGCUGGGCAAUUUGUUGGACUAUCCGAAGAACGAUGUGCCCGGUAUCUUCGACGCGAUGGUCCAGCGGCACACCGAUCACGGUAAGGAUCUGUUCAGCUGGGCACUGCUGAACGACCACAUGGUGAUCGUGAGCAGUGCGGAAAACGUUGCGAAGGUGGUGAUGGCAAAGCAAACCCAGAAGUCCACGUUCUACCAGUUCCUCGAGGUCUGGCUCGGCCAGGGGCUGCUGCUGUCGUGGGGCGACAAAUGGUUCCAGCGGCGCCGGAUCAUCACACCGACGUUCCACUUCAACAUUCUGGCUGCCUUUUCCGAAGUGUUCAACCGGGAGGCAACCGUGCUGGUGGAGAAGCUGGCACCGCUCGCCAACAGCGGGCGGGAGUUCGACAUCUACGAGCCGGUCUCGCUGUAUGCGCUCAACAGCAUCUGCCUCACGUCGAUGGGGGUGGACGUGAACGCCCAGAGGGACCCGACGAAUCAGUACGUGCGCGACGUGAAGCGGAUGUCCGAGCUGGUGCUGUUGCGCAUCUUUCACGUCCUAUCGUCCUUCCCGCAAGUCUACUGGUACACGAUGCCGCACGCCUGGGAGCAACGGAAGCUGAUCGGACGGUUGCACGCGUUCACCGAUUCGGUCAUCCACCAGCGCCGCCAGCGGCUGCUCAACGGGGACCAGGCGGGGCGCUUCGACGUCAGCGAGGAGAAUCGGUACGCGAAGCGCAAAGAAACGUUCCUCGAUUUGCUGCUGAACGUGACCGUCGACGGGCGCCCGCUCAGUGAUUUGGACAUUCGCGAGGAAGUCGACACGUUCAUGUUCGAAGGCCACGAUACAACGGCUUCCGCGAUUGCGUUCACCUUUCUCCAGCUGGCCGGGCAUCGCGAAAUCCAAGACCGGCUGCACCGGGAGAUUGUGGACACCCUCGGGCCGGAUCAUCGCACCGUGCCGCUGACGUACGGCACGCUGCAGAACUUCCGCUACCUGGACAUGGUCGUGAAGGAGUCGCUCCGGUUGCUACCGCCGGUGUCCUUCAUCGGGCGCCGCCUCGUUGAGGACCUGCAGCUCAACGGGGUCACGGUGCCGGCCGGAACCGAUUGCCUCAUUCCGAUCUACGUCAUCCACCGCAAUCCGAACGUCUACCCGGACCCGGAGCGCUUCGAUCCGGAACGGUUCGCCGACGGUAGCGAGCAGCGCCGCGGACCUUACGACUACAUGCCGUUCAGUGUCGGGGCGCGCAACUGUAUCGGCCAACGGUUUGCGGUGCUCGAGAUCAAAAUCAGCAUCAUACGGAUGGUCUCGCACUACCAUAUCCAUCCGGGGGACACGAUACGUGGGGUGCGCCUAAAAACCGAUCUGGUGCUACGGCCCGACAAAGGCAUCCCGAUCAAGCUCAGCGCAAGACCGGACCGGACCGAAUAGUUUCUUGUCUACUUGAAUAUUCGCCGGUGCAGUACACGAAAUAAAACGAUAAAACGGAAGCCGGGGGCGCGCGGUCAAUGAACCGCGUGUGCAUGUCGAAUGACGAUGGCUCCG